AUGUGGUGCACAUCUGUUGUGCCAGAGUUUUAUGCACCAUGUACCUAUGCAAGGCCCGUCACUCUUAUAGGUGACAUUGCCAGUGAGUUCCUUCCCACUAACUCUUCAUCCCAACCAAGCUCACAACCUGCAGAGAGACUAGCGCGAGGCGACAUCGAUAAGAUAGAGAUCGCCAUGACGCUCCUCGAUCUGUUUGGAGGAACGCGGCUGCUUCCCGCCCCAUUGUUGCUCUUGGUGAUUAUAUCAGUCGUUGUUUUCACGCGCAUCCGAACCCCCAGCAGAAGACCAAGCAUCAGCCAGUCCAGAACGCCUCAAGAUGGGACAUCACAAAACAGGAAGUGCAAACCAACCAAGGCGCCACGACUACCAGGCCAGUGGACCCCAAGUGACUUCGUCUUCCCUACGCCGCCUCCAUACCCCAACUGGACCUUGGAGUCAACGAAGCCGCUCCCAUACAGAGCCUUCAGAUAUGGUCCAAAGUAUAAUAUCACCAUGGGUCUUCGCUCCUCACCUUACGAGGACUGGAUCCAGCUUGAUAGCCACUACCCUAAAUACCACUCAGACAAAGCAGCCAGGAUUGAGGAUAGGGGCUCGAAGUGUUGUAUUACAGCCCCCGAAGCAUAUCCGGCAGCCCUUGAGCUUCUUGAAGAGCUCACAGCUUACCUGCCAUGUCGGUACCCGGCACUAUUCAAGCGUACAUCUACAGGUAUCUCAAACAUAUGGUCCGGAGAGUCAUUUGAUAUCACUGAGAGGCCGCUGAAGGAGGAUCCAAUGAUCAUGUGUGGUCGUCUGGUUCAGGACGACCUAGCGUUGAUGAUCGAGAGGCCCGACGGACAAUAUUAUCUGCUAGCAGGGGCAAUCUUGCUCGCAGGUUUCUGGCGACUGGAAGACAAGUUCGGCAUGCCACUAUGGAAAAUCCACACAUCUGGUGACGUGCCACAGUUCAAAGAAAAGCUAGAGUGUGGCAUGACGAAAUUCUUCUCCCGACUGAGGUGCGAAGAGCUCUAUACUCGCAACAACUACUUCCUCCAAGUCGACGACUCAUUGCCCUGGAGUUGGAGCAUCGGGGACGAAGACAGCCCCGAGGUGAGCUGGGAUACGGCAGAGAAGAACCGGGCCGUUGAGCACCACUGGUUCCGUUCUGAGAGGCAAUCUCUCCGGCGACUUCCCAAAACUGGAGCUGUUUGCUUCACUAUCCGCACAUACUUCCACCCCAUCAUGGAAAUUGCGCAGGAAGACUACGUGCCUGGGAGGUUGGCAAGUGCUAUACGUAGCUGGGGUGACGAUGUCGCCAGAUACAAGGGCAAGGAGCGCUAUGGAGAUGUACUACUUGAGUACUUGGACAAGGAGCAUCAGAAGCAGCUAGAUCGAGGUUUGGAUUUUGCGCGUGAAGAUGAUAUCCGGCAAUACCCCUGGUAG